AUGAUUUCUUCUAUUCUCUUCUUGUGCACUCUCAUCUCGACAGCCUGGAGCUGUCCAGAGCAUGAUAAUUACCAAUCACAUCCUCACAUUGGCCGAAGACAAGUACGAGUUGACAAAGGCCGAGUACCAAAGGACUGGAACUACGCUCUUUCUGCAGACUGGGCCACCAUCAAACCUGAAUAUGCAUUGUGUCAAUCUGGCACACAUCAAUCGCCUAUCAACAUUAUCCAGACGGAACUGUCUCAACAUCACAAACCUACCUUUGAGGGGUACGCAGAGAACAUCACGAUUCCAGGCAACUUCUUCAACUGGGAGUUCGCACCGGCCUGGACACCUCAUCAUCCGGAUGGAGUAGUCACGGGACUCCCCAGCAUGAAAUUUGACGACCAGGAGGUCUACAUGAUCGGAUGGCACAUCCACGCACCGUCAGAGCACCUUGUCGCCGGCAAGCGAAGCCGUGCCGAAAUCCAUCUCGUCCAUGUUACCGAGGAGGAGCACGAAGCAGCCGUCAUCGGCAUUCGGGUCGCAGUGGGAGACAAGGAAUCCGCAUUCAUCAAGCAACUGGGUCCCAUGAUCCAUUACAAUGACACGGCGCAGCUGGAGGGGUUGCCCAUAAAUAUGCGACUGGCUAUUGAUGAGGUCGGCGGCGUCGAGGAAUUCUGGACCUACAAGGGCAGCUUGACCACGCCACCUUGCAAUGAGGGAUUGCGAUGGUUCCUGCCCAAGCAGGAGUUGGUGGUCAGUGAGCAGCAGAUGGUUGAGAUCCUGGCUGCGAGUCGGUUCUCCCAUCGCGUCGAGCAACAGGUGUGGCUCCACGACGUCAACCUGUGA